ACAUAAAAUAUUUUAUUUUCUCGUACAGUGUCCGUCUGCUCGAUGACGGCACGUAGUGGUUUUACCAGCGGUGACCGUCUAAACUCAACGUGCACCUACAAGCGCAACGCAAAGGCAACAGCCUCCGUAGAAGAGUUCUUCGACUCACCUUCUUGGACUUUUUCUCAAUUCUUGUUUUUAGAUUCUCUUUACCUGCCACCGGGUGGAUGUUAAUUUAAACCAGUGUCAUACAGUGUAGUUGAAUUUUAAUCAUAAUUUUGGAAUAUUAGUCGUGUAUUGUUGUAAGUGAACAAUUGUUGUUACCUGGGAUACUGUCUACAUUCCUUGCUGGCCUUUUCAAGUGAUAGAUUUUGUGUAGUGGAUUUCAAGGUGGAGCUAGCAGGUCAUGACAUAAAAUCAAACAAUGCGACCAUGUCUACAGAAACAAAUACUCACGAAACAGACCUGAUUGAUUUAAACGUCGGUUCUCCGAUUCUCCCGAGGGCUUCUUCAAUAUCUACAUCAGAAGCAUGGUCAGAAGAAUCCGACAAUCUUUUAGAUACCGAAUUACCCGUGCUAGAAGAAAAACUACAAACAGCAAGUCAAUUAUCCACUCCGAAAAUAAUCUCGAGACGACCUAGUAUAGACAUCGAAGACAUUCUCGUAGAUAUAGACGAUACGUACGAUAUAAUUAACGGUUUAGAAGAUAAUGAAGAAUUUUUAAGAAUAUGUGACAACAUAGAAGCAUUAAACGCAUUGAAGAAUCUCGACGAUGUUCUCGAUGAAGAAGACAAUAACAGCGAGGUUAGCUCCGUACAAGUUCAACAAGAUAUCGAAGAUUGUUUGGAAGAUUUAGAUAAUUACCUAAAGACCUUGGAGGACAGUUCAAGUGAAGAUGAAUGCUAUUCGUCCAAUUGCACCGAAGACCAACCGAGCGUUGAAAGUUCGAUAACCACAGACGACAUUGGGAAUGAAAUUGUAGCUGAAAAUGAAGAAAGUAAGGAUGAAGAUUUGCGGCGCAAACUACGUCAAAUGGAGGAAAACUACAGGAAGUACUUGGCUUCCGGGUCUGUUAAUAACGCGUACGUCAAUACAGAACUGAAUGAACGGGAACGUAGACCUUCAUCAGCCUGCGAGACAGUCAGUGAACCGAAAAAUAGGAACCAUCCGGCUAGAAAUACCGUAGCCGUGGUCAGGAGGAAACGAUCGUCAUUACCAGAUGCAAUGGUUGGUGGUAUACAGUCCAGGUGUUUCCCGGGAAGCCGGAAACCGUACCCAGCUGGUGAAUCCGACGAAGAAAUUGACUGGAGUUGGGUACAGGACGUAGCACGCGAUAUCACCCUAGAGAGGCGCGCACACGCAGCCGGAAACUGCUGUACCGGAACUGUUGUCUUGGAGACGCCUCGUAUAACCGUCGCCCCCUGCAGUUCGUCAGCACCUGUGAUGGACGAAGAACCCAAAGAAGACGUCAACAAAAGCACGUGGUUGCGUAGCUCCAUGCGCAGAUUGCGACAUUUACCACUACCGAACGGCGACGCUACGUCGGGAGGGGAAGUUCCAUCGAGUGGGGAACCUCAAGUGGUAACGUCGGUACGACCCGUCAGUGCGCCGUCGCGGAUCGCAGAUAGCGCCGUGCGGAAUUCUUCGCGAGCUUCGAGAUCUAGAUCGCGUGCUAGUGCUGUGUCUAAUGAACCUAGUGGUAGGGCACGAAGUAGUUCUGCGUCUUCUAGGUCUCCCAGACUUAGAAGUUUAUCUUUUAGCGAAACUAGUAUUUCUUCGACUGUGGAUUCGACUACUCCGAGCACCCCUAUUACGACUACACAAACUACUCAAGAACCUGAUACUCAAAACACUAGUCCUACAAGAUCAUGUGAUAGAAACCGCCAGUCGGACAUGCCAGAGGCACACAGUCCGUUAGGACAUUGGCCUCACAGCCUUAGCUCCAUGAUGGCAUGUCUUGGUUGUACUUUAGGUCUUUUCAACAUUUCGCGAUUCGCUAUUCUCACUGUCCAUUUUGGAGCUAAUUUCAUCUUCCAGUUCUGCUUUUUAUCGCUUAUUUUCGGCCUUCCGCUAUUUACUCUUCAACUUUGCCUUGGGCAACAACUUGGAGCUGGAGUUAUAGAUAUGUGGAGAAUAUCGCCGCUCUUCCAAGGAGUAGGGGUAUCGUUACUGCUGGCUCAAGCGCUUUUAGGACUGUAUAGUAUUAUCGGAGUGUCUUGGAUGUUUGUGUUUUUUCGGGAUUCAUUCAUUACGAAAGCCGAUAGGUACCGAUGGGCCGAGCCGUUUAUUUAUUAUAGAAGGGAUAUAAAUUCUGAAAAUAGUACCUUUCAACUGACGCAAACACUCCCAGACUAUUUCAAUGGAGUAGUUCUUCAACGACAUCACUUACCAAGUGGAAACUCAUAUGGUACCAUCAAGUUUCAGCUGGCGUUCAAUUUAGCUGUUGUAUGGAUGAUAGUAUUUGUAUCUCUGAGCAAAGGAUUAAGAUCAUAUGGAAAAGUUAUUUACGCUUUUACCUUACUACCAGUCUUCGGGACCUUUAUUUUGUGUGCCAAAAUCUUAGGUUUGAUGCCACCGGAGUUUGUUAACGUAAUCUUUCCAGAAACUUCAUGGGGAGAAUUUUUUCUCAAUCCAAAGAGUUGGUUGGCUGCCAGUCAAGAAGUUUUUCUUACAUGGGGUAUGUUGGGAGCGGCUAUAAUGCAAAUAGCAUCACAUAACAGACACAAACAUUUACUUCAAAGAGAUUCUAGUCUUGUAGCCGUUAUAACUUUCACAAUUUUAUUGCUAGUAGCUUUCUUGGCAAACACCUGUGUUCAAAUACUUAAAGCUUACGGGUACAGUUAUAUACCUGAUUCUUUUGAAAAAAUGUCUUCGUAUACAUUUCUUCGAUCUACAAAAGAUCCUCUUCCUCCGAAUUUGGCAAGUAUUUCUAUACGAAAUAUGGUUCAUAAUUCAUUCGUAUUGGGAGAGAAAGUUAUAAAACCUUACAUAGACUUUUCAGAAGAAAGUGGAUAUAUGGUUCUAAGAUUGGCUACUGAAUUGGUACCAUCUACAUUUGCAGUGAUGGGAGCCGAUCAGGUGUCACCGUUUUGGGCUGUAUUAUUUUACUUUAUACUUAUAAUGUUCGGUAUCGCCCAACAAUUGGCUAUAUGGCAUUGCGUCAUUACGGGAAUUAUGGCAAUCAAAGCAAACGUUCUGAAAUCUUGGGAAACUACGAUUACCUUCUUUAGUUGCGCGUGCGGGUUUAUUCUGGGACUUCCUAUGGCUACAGAGAUGGGAAUUUACGUGGUCUACUUCUUGGAUUACACAGUUGGUGGUGUAUGGUGGCUAGUGAUCGUCAUUAUUAUACAAAUUAUGGCAGUAUUCAUGGUUCGUGGAAGACCUUAUAGUGGAGAUACUGUCGUUACAGCAUUAUUCUAUCAAAACAGCCAUCCGUGCUUUUUGAGCUGGGCUCCUGCAUUAUUGUCGUUCACUUGGAACGUGAUCUUACCUGUUGCUUUAAUGGUACUUUGUAUUGCGACAUUCAAAAAUGGUAGCUUCAGAGAUAUGUUUAUUUGGCAUCACGGGCCUGUAGCUGGAUAUUGGCCUCUUUGGGCACGUCAAGUAGGAUCAAUGAUACAACUUGUCCCCAUUCUUUGUAUUCCCUUAGUAGCUGUAAUACAGAGUUAUAGGUAUUUGAAUAAUGGACCUAGUGAUAUUUUGGAUCGUAUUCAAUUACUAUACCGGCCACCGAUCGGUGAGCACAUGGACGAUUUAAGCAACCAAGAAGCAGCCGAAGCGAUCAGAAAUGAAAAUAAUGCCGCCAACGCGACAGCUGAAGAUCCUCCACCGAAGUACACUCCUCCUCCAUCCUACACGACUGCGACCGGUGCUAGAAUUGCAAAGUUCUUACGGCAAAGCAUUAGAAGAAGUGUUAGAAGAAUAGCUAACGUUUUGGGCGAAGGUUCCUCUAGACAAAGAACUCCAAUAUCGAAUAAUAACGGAAACUCCAGCAACACUCCUCUUCCUCCUCCAGAUUAUAACACCGUUUUAGUAGAAAUGAACAACACCUCACGAGAUGUUUCAAUCACCGUUCCAGAUGGUACUCUCGGUAAUACCCGUUUAUCAACACUUGAAAGACUGAGAAACUUGGAAUCAACUUCUACAGCGUUGACAGCAGCCGAAGUCGCUUCUAUUUUAAGAAGUAGUUUUCGAAGGAGUACUGUACAUAGAAAUAACACGAGAAUACCUAAUUUUAGUGAUAACAUGUCGUCGUUGAGUGCGCAGAAUCUGAUAGAUUCAGCUGCGCCUAUUGGAGAGAUGUCGCUGGUAAUGGAACAUUUGCCCAAUACUGAUUGUGAGGUUAAGAAUAACAAUACUGUGAUAUAGACUAUUACUAGAGGAUACUUAUAUCGGAAGUAGUUGGUUAGUUUGUAGAUAAUUUCUAAGAUUGAUAAGAAACAUCACCAUUGUAAAAUGGGUCCAUCUACCAAGGGACCUAUGAAAAUAAAGGGAGUAGAAAAUUGGAUAUGUCUGCCUUUUCUAUAUCUAGUUCUAAGACACAAUAAUAAUGGUUUCUAGUCAUUCGAGAAUAACUCUAGAAUAGUUUGACGCAAAACGUUUCAAAUAUAAUGAAAAUAACAUUUUAUGAUUUUAAUUCAAAAGCUGUUUUAUUAAUUUUUAUGAAAAUAAAGUAGUAGUUUAAUUGUUAAAUUUUUGACUGAAUGUAUAUUCUAUGAACUGACCAUUGCUGUCUUUACUAUGUAAAGCAUUAAUUAAUGUACAGUCGUAAGCCUUAAUUUAUACAUAUUUAUAUAGAUAUGUUAUUUACCUGUACAAAAUUUCAUAUUUUAUAAUUUCAACACCGACUUUUAAAUUUACUGAUUGUAUUAAAUAUUUUUUGUAUCUCAACUUUUUUUUAUAUAUAAAAACUACUUUCAAUGACCUUGUUUUACUUAUAACUAUUAAACGAUAUUUUUUG